ACAAGAAGAGAAAGAAGAAGAAAAAGAGGCUGAAGAAAAAGAAAAAAUACUCAAGCUCCAGCUGCAGUUCGUCCUCAUGCGAGAGUGAUGACGAGAAAUCCAGUCAAAAAUUAAAGAAAGAAUCUGGAAAAUGGUCACCAUGGGGUGAUGCUGCUGCAAGAAAUGAGGAGGGAAGGUCAGCGGUGAUGGCUGAGGGUCAGUUAGCAGCUUCACCAGAGUUCCCUGCAGUCUGUGAAGUUGAGAGGCCUGAAGGUGCUGAUGAUGAAAGAGGAGAAGAAGAAAUGAAAGCGAAGCUGAAGAAAAAGAAAAAGGAUUCUGCUUCAUCUUCAGAAUCAUCAUCCUCAUGUUUGGAUAGUUCCUCCUCAGACACUGAGGAUGACAAGAAGAAGAAGAAGAAGAAGAAGAAGAAGAAGAAGAAGAAGAAGAAGAAGAAAAAGAAGAAGAAGGUGCUCUGUUCAUCGUAAAUGAAUGAGAAGAUCUUAAGGAUUGUAAAUAACCUUGUGUUCUUCCUUGACAUUUUCAGGACUCAAGCUCAUCUUCAUCUGGUUCUUCCUCCUCAUCGGACAGUGAGGAU